AUCGAGCACAGGACCAAGCAGGAGCAGGAGGACAUCAGCAUUUAGAUUUAGUUUUUCAAAUGGAGGAACAUGAAGAUAUUCAAUACUGUUUUCAAGACAGAAACUCUUCUUGCAGAAAGGCUUUGCUAUCGAUAUCUAUCUACAUAACACUGUACAUCUUCUUCUCAGUGAUUUCAGCAGUUACAGUAUUUUUGAACGUACUGGUGAUCAUCUCCAUCUUUCACUUCAAGCAACUCCACACUCCAACCAACCUGCUCAUCCUCGCUCUGGCUGCAUCAGAUCUCCUGGUGGGACUGAUUGUGAUACCAGUAAUGACUGUAGCAAUAAUUGAAUCAUGCUGGGGUUUUGGGAAAUAUUUCUGUGCGUUUCUUCUCUACAUUACUUGUUUAUGUACUUCUUUAUCUCUGGGCAGUUUGGUCUUGAUAUCUAUUGACCGCUAUGUUGCUGUGUGUUAUCCCUUAUUGUACCACUCUAAAAUAACAAUAACAAGAAUGAUGUGUUGUAUAUCAAUUACCUGGUGUUGUUGUACCAUUUACAAUGCUGCUAUUAUAAAAGACAUUGUAAAUGUACAGGUACCCAGUCGGUGUUUGAAUGAAUGUUUUAUUGUCGUAGGAAUAACCUGGGGAAAUAUAAUUGACUUUGUAUUUACAAUGGUUGUCCCAUGCUCUAUUAUUAUAACACUUUAUUUGAAAAUCUUUGUGGUGGCCAGAUCACAGGCCAGAAAGGUAUUUUCAAAAGAGGCUGCCAAUGUGUCUGGUGUUAAAACUGUACAGGCAAGUAAGUCUGAGAGAAAAGCAGCAAAAACUCUGUCUAUUGUUGUUUUCAACUAUUUCAUUUGUUGGAUUCCAUUUCUAUUUUCUUUUUUCUUUGUUUCUUUUUUAAGUGACAAUUUACUAUCAUUCAUCCUCAGCUUUCUGCCACUUGUUAAUUCCUUAAUUAAUCCAAUAAUUUAUGCUUUCUUUUAUCCAUGGUUCAAAGUGACUGCUAAACAUAUUUUAACUCUGAAGUUAAGGUGUUCGUAGUUCCUGUAUUUGUAUUUCUAAGUUUAAAAAAAAAGGUUUGACAUAGUUUUGUUAUACAAUUGUUCUUUCAUGUAACAAUACACUGACAAUACAUAGAUGAAUGUGGUGUUGAUACAGAAUGAUUUGGCUGGAUUGGAUUGGAAUGACUUGAAUAAAG